AGCCUGACAUGAUUCAAAAGUGUUUGUGGCGUACACUCCUCGUGGGUCUUUGCAUUACUGGCAUCCUAUCUCUAGACUGUAACUUGCUGAAUGUUCACCUGAGGAGAGUCACCUGGCAAAAUCUGAGACUUCUGAGCAGUAUGAGCAAUUCAUUUCCUGUUGAAUGUCUAAGAGAAAACAAAGCUUUUGAGUUGCCCCAAGAGAUUCUAUCACACACCCAGUCUCUGAAAAGGGACCUCAAGGAGGCCUUCUAUGAAAUGUCCAUACAGGCCUUCAACAUCUUCAGUCGAUACAUUUUUGAAUCCACUUGGAAAGAGAAACACCUGAAAGAAAUCCAAAUAGGACUUCAUCAGCAGGCGGAGUACCUCAAACAAUGCUUGGAGGAAGAGGAGAAUGAAAACGAAGACAUGAAAGAAAUGAAAGAAGAUGAGAUGAAACACCCAGGAGCUAGGGUCCCCCAGGUGAGCAUCCUAGAACUCUGGAGAUAUUUCAACAGGAUAGUCAAUUUCCUGAAAGAAGAGAAAUACAGUCACUGUGCCUGGGAGAUCGUACGAGUAGAAAUCAGAAGAUGUCUCUACUACCUUCACAAAUUCACAGCACUACUCAGGAGAAAAUAA